AGGAGACGGAGACGGCCAUCUUAGAGCUACCGUGGUAACCGACACUACAUCAUCACCUCCGACUGGAUUUAUACUUCUUUCUUCUUGUUGGGGACAAAACAAUUCCCAAGGGGGAAGAAGGAGAAGAAGGUUUGUUUGUCUCACGUCGCCGCAGGUUGAAGUCGGGAUGCGGUUCGGAGGGAAUAAUCAACCGUUAACGUCCGUUACCGGACUGCUGGUCCUCCUCGGACUCGGACUGCUCUGUGCGGCGGUGGAGGCGGCUAAAGUCAAUAAGCACAAACCAUGGAUCGAGACGACGUACCACGGGAUCGUAACGGAAAACGAUGACAAAGUACUUCUGGACCCUCCACUAAUUGCGCUGGACAAGGAUGCUCCUCUUCGCUACGCAGAGAGUUUUGAGGUGACCCUCACUGAAGAAGGUGAGAUUUGCGGCUUCAGGAUCCACGGGCAGAAUGUCCCAUUCGAGGCCGUGGUCCUGGACAAGUCCACUGGCGAGGGGGUCAUCCGGGCCAAGGACAAGCUGGACUGCGAGCUGCAGAAGGAGCACACCUUUACCAUCCAAGCCUACGACUGUGGAGAGGGUCCCGACGGCGCCAACAUGAAGAAAUCCCACAAGGCCACUGUCCACAUCCAGGUAAACGACAUCAACGAGUACUCACCGGUGUUCAAGGAGAAAUCCUACAAAGCCACCGUCAUCGAGGGAAAGAAGUACGACAGCAUCCUGAAGGUGGAGGCAGUGGACGCCGACUGCUCUUUCCAGUUUAGCCAGAUCUGCAACUACGAGAUUGUCACCCCAGAUGUGCCCUUCACCAUCGACAAAGACGGCUUCAUCAAGAACACAGAGAAACUGAGCUACGGCAAAGAGCGCAUGUACAAGCUGACUGUGACCGCCUACGACUGUGGAAAGAACCGCGCCUCCGAGGACGUCCUGGUCAAGAUCAGCGUCAAGCCCACCUGCAAACCCAGCUGGCAAGGCUUCAACAAGAGGAUCGAAUAUGAGCCUGGCACAGGUAGCCUGGCGCUUUUCCCCAGCAUGCACUUGGAGACCUGCGAUGAGCCAAUCACGUCCAUCCGAGCCACCAUUGACCUGGAAACCAACCAUAUUGGGAAGGGCUGCGACCGUGAUACCUACUCUGAGAAGUCUCUGCACAAGCUGUGCGGAGCCAGCACCGGCACUGUGGAGCUGCUGCCUGCACCCAGCAGCUCCGCCAACUGGACGGUAGGGCUGCCCACCGAUAACGGGCACGACAGCGACCAGGUGUUUGAGUUCAACGGCACCCAGGCCAUCAAGGUUCCCGAGGGCAUGGUGAAAACCAGCCUGAAGGAGCCCUUCACCAUCUCUGUGUGGAUGAGACACGGCCCCGGGGCCCACGACAAGGAGACCAUCCUCUGCAACUCUGACAAGACAGAGAUGAACAGACACCACUACUCGCUUUACGUUCACAACUGCAGGCUGAUCCUCCUCCUUCGCCAGGAUCCCACUGAGGCCGAGAACUACAAACCAGCCGAGUUUCACUGGAAACUCGACCAGGCGUGUGACAAAGAGUGGCAUCACUAUGUGCUGAAUGUGGAGUUCCCCACUGUGUCUCUGUUUGUGGAUGGAACCACCUUUGAGCCCUUCCUGGUUACAGAGGACUACCCGCUGCACUCCUCCAAGGUGGAAUCUCAGCUCACCAUUGGUGCCUGCUGGCAAGACAACUCAGGACAUGACAAUGACACUGAGUCAGUCUCUGAGCCAAACACCUCAGGCGGAAAUGCUCGGAUGGCUCAGUUUUUCCGAGGGAACCUGGCGGGGCUGAUGAUCCGCUCCGGCAAGCUGGAGAACAAGAAGGUGAUCGACUGUUUGUACACCUGUAAGGAAGGACUGGACGUGCAGCUGCCCGAGGAGGUAGCUUCAGCUGUCAAGGUUGAGUUCAACCCCAACCAGUCCUCUCUGACCGUGGAGGGCGACGACAUUGACGCCUUCGACAAGGUCAUGCAGCACAUCUCCUACCUGAACUCCCGCCAGUUCCCGACCCCCGGCAUCAGGCACCUUCGCAUCUCCACCACCGUCAAAUGCUUCAACGAGGAGUCCUGCGUGACGGUGCCAGAUGCCGAAGGUUAUGUGAUGGUGCUGCAGCCCGAAGAGCCCAAGAUCAGCCUGAGCGGCAUCGACCACUUCGCCCGCAGCGCUGCCGAAUUCGAGAGCCAGGAAGGUGUGACGCUGUUCCCCGAGCUACGCAUCGUGAGCACCAUCACCCGCGAGGUGGAGGCCGACACCGAGUCUGAGGCGGCAGAGGGAGCUGAUGACGACCCUACGGUCCAAGAGACAGUGGUGUCAGAGGAGAUCAUGCACAACCUGGACACGUGUGAAGUGACCGUGGUGGGAGACGAGCUGGACGGGGAGCACGAGGGCCUGGAGGUGGACAUGUCCCAGCUGCAGCAGCGUAGCCUGGAGAUGAGCUCCUCUAACCUGGGCCUCGUCAUCACCGGUGUGAACACCAUGGCCAACUACGAGCAGGUCCUGCAUCUAAUCCGUUACAAGAACUGGCACACCGAGGCUCUCUUCGACAGGAAAUUCAAACUGGUGUGCUCCGAGCUCAACGGUCGCUACAUCAGCAACGACUUCAAGGUCGAGGUGAAUGUAAUCCACACAGCCAAUCCUGUGGAGCAUGCCAACAAUGCCAUUGUGCAGCCCAACUUCAUUAACCCCGUGCAUCACGCCUCUGUGGAUCUGUCUGGUCACAACCUGGUCAACGCUCACCAGGCCUCAGUUGUUCCCAGCGCCGCAACCAUUGUCAUUGUGGUGUGCGUGAGCUUCCUGGUGUUUAUGAUCAUCCUGGGCGUGUUCCGCAUCCGAGCCGCACACCAGCGCACCAUGACGGACCAGGAGAGCGGCAAGGAGAACGAGAUGGACUGGGACGACUCGGCCCUCACCAUCACCGUCAACCCCAUGGAGACGUACGAGGACCAGCACAGCAGCGAGGAGGAGGAGGAAGAGGAGGAGGAGAGCGAGGACGGAGAGGAGGAAGACGACAUCACGAGCGCUGAGUCAGAGAGCAGCGAGGACGAGGAGGGCGCCGAGCCGGAGGACCAGCAGGGGGCCAGCAGACAGCAGCAGCUGGAGUGGGACGACUCCACCCUCACUUACUAAAACACCAACACACACAUAUAUAACACAAGCUCACACACACACACACAUCACCAACACACACUCACUGCUCUACACACACACAGACCCCCUCUUCCCCUACAAGGAGCCAUGAUGUAAAAAAAAUAAUAUACAAAAAAGCAAAAGAAAAGUUCCCUUCAGCGUAUCUAUAUGGUCAAGGCUUUCCUGUUGUUCUCUUAGUGGUGGUACUCAGUGUAGUGUAGUCAUCACCGGAUUGCUGAUUUUUACUGUUUAUUUUUUUAUUUAUUAUAUUUUAAUUCCCAGGAAAUCUUGGCCUACAUUUGUUCUGAACUGUGUGAGGAAGCCAACCCUGCACUUUUUUUUGUUCUCUCACACGUUAAAGCUUUCAAAUGGAGACGUUUUCUCCCCCCCUUAAUGUAUAUUCUUUGCUUUUAGAUUCGCUAAUCUCACGUAUAGCUUUGACUUGAGUUUUCUUGUCCACAGUGAAAUGAUGCUUUUUAACAAGUAGACCACAUUUUCUUUUUCUUUUUUUUAACUUCUUUUUAGUGCAUGAGGAUAUUUUGAGAAGUCAUAUGUGUAGAGAAAUUGCUUUUUAAAGAUUUUGUAAAUAUAAAUAAAACCAUGUAAUUAGUUGGAUGUGUUAGUGAAGGCCUACUCAACGGGGUCCAAUAUCUAAAAAUGACGCAGUUCGUAAUGUAGAAUAUUCGUGUCACAACAGGCUGUAGCAUGUCGCUAAAUUUCCGCAAAAAAAGCUGUUCCCAUCACGCUUGUACAAAAACAAAAAUGUCUGCUUCAUGAUGAUGAGAAACCCGGGACUGUUGAGCAGAGGUUUCCACGACAAAGUGGCGUCCAUUUUUCAUUUCUUUUUGCUUUCUCGUAAAGGCGGGACGGGUGGAUGGUUUCAUACAUUGCUUUGCUUUGCUUGCACAGGUGGCGAUGCUCGACUCCAGGCGUCAGUGUAUUUCAUUCCCAAUAGAUCUCACUGUUGUACAGAAGGGAUUUUCUUUUUGUUCAGAGUAAUCGUACUCGGAGAAACGCUUAAUGUACAAAUCGACAUUUUCGUGCGGAACGGUACUAGCGCCGGGCCAGCGGGUACUGCGGCGCUGUUGGAUCUUGAAAUAUGGGUACGAAGCGGUGUGUUUGGACGAGUAGAAAGAUUUCCUAAAAGCGUUUUUUCGUGCUGCUGACAGAAGUAGAGGGAGGAAGAAAAAAAAAACUACUGAAAGAGCAGAUUUAUGACAGACAGCUUUUAGUGGUUGAUGAGUGCAGUCGCUGGCAUUGUUUUGGGGGAGAGAAAUUAAAUGAAAGUACUUUUUCAGGAUUGCUUUGUUGCAAGUUUAUUUUCCACGGCGCGGCUAUUUAAACCUGAAAUAAUAAAACAUAUAUUACAUUUUUUAAAGCUGUUUUCCUGUUUGCAAAACAUGCACCGAACCUUGACGGUUACGACGGCAUGUUUUACAAAAACGCUUUAAAAAAAUGAAUCUUGUUUGAAUCUUUAACAAUGAGAUAAUUUUGUUGCCGUAGACCACUAGAUUUUAUUGUACAUGGAACUGUACUGUAGAGUUGUUCUAAGAUAUUUGUUUACAUUUGGUAAACUUCUUUUCCUUCUGGUAUUAGUAUAAAGCUUAUACAAUUGAUUGGGAAAACGUCUAUCUCCUCUCAAGACACUGUUGUCCAUCACUGUUGUAUAUAUCUUUCACACUAAACCAGAUACACGCUUAAAACUAUUUAGUGUUUGUCUCAUGUUUUUCGGGUACCAAGUUAAAACCUGCAUUUAAUUCAAGCAGAUCAGAUUUUGGUGGCAUUAUAUCGGGAUUAGAAAUGAUCUCGUAUUUUGCAUGCAAAUCUGUUUCCGGAGGCCAAAAUUUAAUUCAAAAACACAUUUCUUUUUUUUGUCGGUUUGAGUCUCACAGUUGUUUCUUCUUUGGUUCAAUUAAUUUAUAAUUUUAAAUGGAAAUGUAGUGAACAGUGACUUGGACUUUUAAUAAAACAAAAAGGGGGCCAGGUCUGAGCCGGCUGAGAUGGGAGUGCCUUUUUCCGAUCAUUUUCAAAUUAGCAGGUCUAACAAAAAAAAAAAAAAACAUUUUAUUUGUGGCAAUUUUUAUUAUUAUUUUUAUUUUUUUUGUAUUUUGUUUAAUAGACUUCUUUACAGAGCUGGGGAUUACAUCUUGUUUCAGUUUGUUGUAACGAUAGUCCACCGCUAGUUUUAUCGAAAAGUGAAAAAAACGUUUUACAUAGAUGUCAUGUGUCCAUGUUGAUGUGUAGAGGAAGUAGAUCCAUAUUGUAUCUUCUAUAGAUAUUGUACUAAAAUCAUCCACCUUUAAAAAGAUGUACAGUACAUUACGAACUUGCUUUUGGCAGCAUACAUGGGAGGUAUACUGUUAACCUAUUUGUGUAUAGUGGAAGGUAAUUUUGAACAGCGUCCUAUUGCCUGAGUUGUUGAGAAAUGAUUUUGAGGGCAGCAUGAAAAAUUCACAAGAGUAUAAGCCUGUCGAAAUUCUCCGUUUCAUUACAAACACUUUAAUGUCCACGUUUCAUCUACGAUUUUUAAAACCGUGGGUCACUGAUAUGUGCACGCUGACUCUCGAGUCAAGUCCACGGUGACUCCAUCACACCAUCUCCAGUUUUACUGCUUUCUGAUCAGCCCCCCCCCUCUGAGCUAAGUGUAAAGUUGGUUGAAUUGAAUGUCACUGCCUAAACAAACUGAAAUGCAGCCAUACUGUAAUAACACUAAGAUUUAAGGGGAAUUUACUUUGCAUGAACCACAAAGUUUGUGUACGUUCCAUGUGGCGCCGUGAGACAGGAGACACUACUGAUUCUCAGAUUGUCUGUCUCACGCGUCCCACGACACUCCAGAUAUAUAUAAAUAUAUAUAUAUUUUUUGUUUUUCUUUUCUUUUCUUUUAAAAAUGUGCUCAAAACUGAAGGCGAAGUUGUCAGAAUGCUUCCUUUGUGCUUGUUGGAGCUGCUCUCACUUUUCUACCAAUUGGAAGGCAAAUUGUAGUGAAGUCGAUGCUUGCUCGUAAACAAAAAUAAAGGAUGAUGAGAUGGGGUAUAA